UGUUCUGUCUUCCUUCUCAAUGAAGAAUUUGUGUCUGUUGCUUUACUUAUUUAUAACGUGUUAGGUUACAUGUUUUCUAGGGAGUGGAGUCUACGCAGCCGAUGUUCAUGUGUGCGUCUGUCAUGACGUCGCUGCUGAAUCUGGUUUGGCAGGCGUUCUGAGGAAAGAAUGAGUAGACAGAGGCAGCAGGGGAAAGAAAGGAGCUGAAAAGCUGAAAGUAGCUUUUCCCUUCAGUGCUUAGUCUUCGCCUGCUGGUGUCGGCACACGGGGUGUUUAAGUGGCGUUUCACUUCCAAAGCAUUUAUCUCCAAGGCCAGUCCAGCAGCGACAGGGAUGAACUGGUCAGGAUUGGAGAAUCUUCUGAGCGGAGUCAAUCAGUACUCCACGGCGUUUGGGCGGAUUUGGCUGUCCAUGGUGUUCGUGUUCCGAGUGUUGGUGUUCGUGGUGGCAGCUCAGAAGGUGUGGGGUGACGAAAACAAAGACUUUGUGUGUAACACCCGACAGCCCGGCUGUACCAAUGUCUGCUACGACCACAUCUUCCCCAUCUCCCACAUCCGCCUGUGGGCGCUGCAGCUCAUCUUUGUCACCUGCCCGUCUCUGAUGGUGAUGGCUCACGUGAAACUCCGUGAAGGAAAGGACAGGAAAUAUGUCGAGCUGCACCAGGGCUCGCACCUCUACGCCAACCCUGGCAAGAAGAGAGGAGGCCUAUGGUGGACGUAUCUGCUGAGUUUGAUCUUCAAAGCUGGAUUUGACUCAGCUUUUCUCUAUAUCCUGUUUCAGUUAUAUCAUGGAUAUGACCUGCCCAGGUUGUCCAAGUGUCAGCUGUCGCCGUGCCCCAACACCGUUGACUGCUUUAUCAGCCGUCCAACGGAAAAAAAGAUCUUCAUGCUGUUCAUGGUCAUCUCCAGUGCGGUUUGCAUCCUCAUGUGUAUCCUCGAAAUGAUUUACCUCAUCGGCAAGCGCAUCAUGAAAAUAUUAAAGAUCCGACAUGAGAACGAGAGGCUCGUCUUCGCUGACCAGCACGAGCUCACUACCAUUGCUCCAGCCCGCUCUCAGUGCAGAAGCAGGAGAGAUCCGACAGUGACCGACAGCGAGCUGGAGUUAAGCAAGAGGAAGGAUGCUAAAACUACAGUACUCUAGCAUUCUGCAAGCUGCAAUCAUGGCUCGCCAACAGGAACAGAAAGUACCCAAUAAGACUACUGAAACUGAUCAAAAAGGGUUGUAAGCGAUGGGUAUUGUUUAGGUUUUAUCCGAUACCAGUACCAAACUGGUACUUUUGAAACAGUGCCGGUGCUUAAACGGUGCUCGA